UUGAAACCAAACAAGCUACAAUGGCUGUGUAGCCACCUGGGUCAUACAACGAGAGUGCGCUUUGACCACUACAGGCAAAUGUCUGGCUUCAUUGAAAGAGUCAAAAUCAGCAAAGUAUUGCUGAUGCAAGACAUGGACCUUACAGAAAAGUUUGUAGGAAAGAGCCUUGAUGAAAUUGGGAGCAUUCCUUUUGAAGACAUUUUAACAUCUGGUCCAGAGACAUGUUGUAAUGAAAAUAGAGCAGAAAGUCAAGCAGAAGUCGAUGCUGAGCACACAAGUCUUGAAUGUCAAGCAGAAGUCGAUGCUGAGCACACAAGUCUUGAUGCCCCAGAUGGCUAUGGAAGCAUGGACGAAGAUGACCACACUAUAUCAAAUGGGGAUGAAGAGGAAUUUGAGGGAAAGAGAAAAAGGAAGCCCCCCCCCCCAAAAAGGCUGCAAACGUCAGAAAUUCACAGAGGUAGAAACGGAGGAAAUAAAAACUUACUUUAGUGAAUAUCUAAAAAGUGGAAUUUGUCCGCGGAAACAGCAGGUUGAAGAUGCCAAACAGAAAAGUUGUAAGAAAACUGGGCAAAUAUGGAAAAGGUCAAACGACAAGAUAAUUAAGAAAAUUAGUGCAAUGAAUCAUAAGAAAAAAUAAAAACAUGUUGUUUACUACCGGUACUCGGAUGGAACAUUAUAAGAAUACCUUCGAGGGACAUUGAAAAGUUCAUGCAACAGUGACUUGGCAAAUAUGGGUGAUGUUUGUAUGCAAGUGGUAAUUUUUGUGUGUGCAUUUUAUUUGUUGAAUUGAAACUUUACUAUGUAUAUGUCUAAAGGUGGAAAAGAAUCUGGUAUAUUAUCAAACGUUAAAAAUGCUAAUACAAAAGCUUAGAUACAAUAUUUUCCUUUUUGCUUCAUCGAUGCUUUUGGAAUGUACCUUAUUUAUUUUCUUAUGUACCUGAUUUCAGUUUACAAAUAAUUUAAGUAAAGUUUAAGGUAUAUAAUUAAAACACAUGUUAUGAACAUAAGGUCACAAAUGAAUUUUAGAAGCAAGCUCUAUUUGUAACUACUUAGGAAGAAACAUUUUUCCAAAUAGAUUCUUUUUUCUCCUGUGGUUUUUCUUAGAUUCACAACUUUUGUUAUUAAAAAAAAAAGAGAUUGUGUGUCCUUUCCAAAAGUUGCUUAUAAUAUGUAACUUAAGCUGCCAUAUGUAUGGUCCAAACUUGAAGAAAAUGUUUUGGCAAGACCAAUAUGGAAUCUGGGCCAUGUGGGUCCAAAAGCUAGA